CACGGAACCGUUCCCCUAAACAUACACACAUGGAAUACUGCUUCAUUCUGCUGCUGUGGACCUGGGUCCUGCUACCAGGCAUGCAGCACUGCUUCAAUUUUGACACAAAGAAGUAUAAGAUCAUUGAAGGUUCCAAGGAGGCCCAGUUUGGCUACACCGUGCAGCAGCAUGAGGCAGGAGGACAGAAGUGGCUACUAGUUGGAGCUCCCUUUGAAACCAGUGGCCAACACCAGACAGGCGAUGUGUACAAAUGCCCAAUGAACAUGCGUGCCAAAACCAACUGCACUCGACUCAACCUAGGAAAGGUAUCCCUGAACAAUGUGUCAGAGCGCAAGGAUAAAAUGAGGCUGGGCAUGACAUUGACCUCCAACCCUACGGACCACAGCUUUGUGACCUGUGGUCCUCUGUGGUCGUACGAGUGUGGGAGCUCCUACUACAGCACUGGCAUCUGCUCAAGGGUGAAUGAAGGUUUCAAGUUCUCCAGAACCAUCGCGCCAGCCUUUCAGAGGUGUGAGACCUACAUGGAUAUAGUGAUUGUUCUAGAUGGGUCCAACUCCAUCUACCCUUGGUACGAGGUUCGGGACUUCCUUGUCAACAUUCUGCAGAAGUUCUACAUUGGUCCAGGUCAGAUCCAGGUCGGAGUGGUGCAGUAUGGGUCAAGGGUGGUCCAUGAGUUCGCCUUGAAUGACUUUCGCACUGUGGAAGAGGUGGUCGAAGCAGCCAAGACCAUUGACCAGCGGGGAGGGGAGGAGACGCGCACUGCCCUGGGUAUCAGCGUGGCACGGACAGAGGGAUUUAAACGUGGAGGUCGGAAAGGGGCCAAGAAAGUGAUGCUUGUGAUUACGGACGGUGAAUCCCACGACAGCCCCGACCUGCAGAAGGUCAUGGAAGAUUGCAAUGCGGAUAACAUUACCACAUAUGCCAUUGCUGUCCUGGGCUACUACAAUCGGCGGGGGAUAAACCCAGAAGCCUUCUUGAAAGAGAUAAAAUAUAUCGCCAGCGAUCCUGACGAGAAACACUUCUUCAAUGUGACAGAUGAAUCUGCACUGAAGGACAUAGUUGACGCUCUGGGAGAGAGGAUCUUCAGUCUAGAGGGAAUGAACCCUAACGGGACGGGGUUCGGCCUGCAGAUGUCUCAGGCAGGCUUCUCAUCACACAUUGUGGAGGAUGGCAUCUUGGUUGGGGCUGUGGGGGCUUAUGACUGGAACGGUGCGGUCCUGAAAGAGACCCGCCAUGGAAAGGUAAUCCCAUCUAAGUCCUCCUACCUAGAAGAGUUCCCAGAAGAACUGAAAAACCAUGGGGCUUACUUGGGUUACACAGUUAACAGUGUGGUGUCGGCAAAAGGCAAGCGGAUAUAUUUGUCUGGAGCCCCCCGAUUCAACCACACAGGGAAAGUCAUUGUGUUCAUUCUGAAAAACAACGGGAAUCUCACCAUCCUGCAGUCACUCAAGGGCUACCAGAUUGGCUCCUACUACGGCAGUGAGCUAGCUCCUUUGGACAUUGACGGGGAUGGUGUGACAGACUAUCUCCUGGUGGCAGCGCCCAUGUUCUUCAGUAAGGGCUGGGAGAGGGGCAAUGUCUACAUCUACAAAAUGACAAAAAGGACCCUUUUUAUUUUGGAAGGGUCCCUUGAAAUUUCAGACCAGAACCAGAACUCUCGUUUCGGCUCGGCAAUGGCAGUCAUCCCUGAUAUGAAUGGUGACGCGUACAGGGAGGUGGUGGUGGGGGCCCCACUGGAGGACAACCACCAGGGGGCCAUUUACCUUUUCUACGGGCAGCUCAGUGGCAUACAACCCAAAUACAGACAGAGAAUUUCUGCAGCAGGCCUCUCUGCUGGUCUGCAGUAUUUUGGCCGUAGCAUUCAUGGGAUGAUGGAUGUUAAUGAAGACGGGCUGGUGGACUUGGCUGUGGGUGCAUUCGGAGCAGCAGUACUGAUCUGGUCUCGCAGCGUAGUGCGCAUCCAAACCAAAAUUACCUUUGAACCGGAAAAGAUCAACACAUUCAACAAGGACUGCCGCAGGGGAGGCAAAGACGUCACCUGCAUGUCUUCCAUUGUGUGUCUCGGCCUGGACGCCAGGACUCCGUUGCAGAGUCACAGAGUUGGUGUGUGGUUCAGUGUGCUGAUAGAUGAGAGGAGGUACCCUCCCAGAGCCUCUCUGAAUGACAAUGACAGACAGCAGCAGACCAGGAACCUGACACUCUGGCGCAAAGAGGAGUCCUGCGAAAACAUCCAGUUCUAUGCACAGGAAACUACAGACUACGGUCAUCCCAUAGUGUUUGUGGUGGAGGUUGGACUGCAGAGUCUAGAUGAAGGCCCAGUUCUGGACCAUAGCUGGCCCACCACCUUUAGGACUGAGCUCCCCUUCUGGAAUGGAUGUGAAGGAGAUGAGAGCUGUGUCCCUGAUCUUGUCCUGCAGAGUCACACGGACCUUCUAGACAUUAGGCAGUUCUGUGAGCUGAGAGAACGGGCUAUGUGGGCGCUCUGUCGCCACCAGGGGACUUUGGUGGGCUCGACGGAAGGCGUUGUGGAGUCGUCCCGCAGGAGGCUGGUGGUAGAUGCUCGACUGGACAACCGAGGAGAGAAUGCUUACGGCACCACCCUCAACAUCUCCCACUCCAACAACUUGCUCUUCUCCAGUCUUAUAGUGAAGGACUCUGACGCCCAGAUUGAAUGUCGUGCUGAGGACAGGGAGAGGAACGAGAGGAUCUGCAAUGUCAGCUCACCCUUUAUGAGGUCACUGGCCCAGGUGUCUUUCCGGCUGGAGUUUGAAUUGAGUCACUCUGUCUUCCUGGACCAUGUGAGGGUUGUCCUGGACGCUGCCAGCGACGGGGAGGAGAAGAACCCGGACGACAACAGAAACAACAUCUUCCAUCCACUGAAGUAUGAGGUGGACCUCCUGUUCACAAGGGACUCCAAGCCUCCACGUUUUGAGAUCAACACAGACCCCUCCUGGAAGAAAGUUGACAGCAGUGGACAAACGUUUAACCUUACUUAUCAUAUCCAGAAUCUGGGUUUCUUCCCAGUUUCAGACUUACAGUUAACUGUUGACGUGUUUGCCGUUACCAUGGGUGGUAACCAUCUACUCCAGAUUACCAAUAUCGACAUUGACCGGGCGGUCAGCUCUGACUGUGUCCUACCGAGCAGCACAACUCCGAACCACGUUUCUCCUGAAGAUCUCUCACACAUCCCACAACUGAAUCAGUCCAACAGCAGGCCACUGCCAGUCCACUGCAGUCUCGCCCUGCCUGCAUACAAGCAAGUCCGAGUGACAGUCAGCGGGUUGUGGCACCUCCAAGCUCUCCUCGCCGUGAGGUUUAAAACUCUGACAUUGGUUACAGCAGCCUCUGUUGAGCUGAGUCCGUCCAGUCCCAUGUUCCUUCAUGAGGAGAAACCAACAAGACACAUAAUCCUGGAGAUGAGAAAAGAGGAAGAUUACAGGAUUCCUGUCUGGAUUAUAGUGGGAAGCACGCUGGGCGGUCUGUUGCUGCUCGCCCUGCUCGUCUUGGCCCUGUGGAAGUUGGGAUUCUUCAACAGGCAAAAACAGCAGAAGGACGAGGGGGGGCAGGUAGCCAAUGGGAAGAUGGCAGAGGAGCGGUAACCGUGGCGACAGUGCAGACCCAAGUCAGCACCAUCACUCAGGGACCCCACCCCCGCCCAGGCACCCCCAGACUGUCGUCCGCUUGACAAAUGCCUGAACAGUACCUGUCUUGCACUGCUGAGCACUCUCACUCACUGGUUUGAGAUCCACGCAUCUCCCGCUGAAGAACCUGGAUCAACUGACCCCCUCCGGGCCAGAUUGAAAGAGGUCCUGGUUACCAGUUGACCCCUUAGAACCAUUGUCUUUAACAUCGCAAAGCCAAAUGAAUAUCUGCCUAAACCAGACCAGUGACCACAGAAAGUGUGCGGUCUUCUGUGUGUUUGUGUGUAGAUAUGCCUAUUAAGAAAACAGGCAACGUGUUGAGGACACAGAAAGACCUUUAUUAGCUGAGGAUGUCCUUAUUUUGACCUUUGUUAUUGCGCUCCUCAGAUAUUCGACAGCAACUCGCCACUCAUUUAUUUUGGGGGGAGAAAAUGUUGCUCACAGAUAUUUUAUAUUUUAUUAGCAAAUGGCAUGUUCUAUAGCUGAUGCACUUUGUUGUAUAAAGAGAAACUUGAAUUUUGUACAUAACCAACUGCCUUCACAGCCUACUUAAGUUGUCGAAGACUAUCACAAAACAUGGCAUUACUAUAGAAUUACAUAGUAGUUACAAUGUUGUCUGUAUGUACACCAGUAUGAGGCCGCUUGAAAAUGUGGAUAGCCACAUGUGGACAAUCUGAGCACAAG